GAUAAACUGGAAAACUCCAAACAGAGCAUAAUUUAUCAAGAUAUUUAACUUUCAUCAUUCUCAGCUAAGCAUCGUCAUCACCAACUCUGGCUUUGCUUUAAACUGCUAGGAAAUACUCAUUGGGCUGCAGAGUCAAGAGGCCUCCACCAUCCACAGAUUGAUUGGGUCUAAGGCUUCCGAUCGAGCGUAUCCAUCGGCUCAUCACGCCCACAACACGGCUCGCAGUCAUCCCCUUCGCGGAUACACCAUCAUAAACCCUGGGCGCUGAGUCGUUUCGUCGUCGGUUCAUCCAAAAUCCUCAUGACUCAUUAAAAGCCUGAAUCCACCACCGUCCGGCCUUUUGAUGAGCAAGAAAUCCAGCCGGCUCGCUCUUGACUCCGCUUCUCCCUUCCUCACUCCAGCGUACACUUCUUCCUCUGGGAGUUGAGACAUAAUCCAUUAUCAUGACAGAUUGGCAUCCGAGCCCAUCAUCUGAUCCAGCUCUCUCUGCUUUCCUCCAUCCUACUCGCUGAUCAGCAGCGCGUCUUCUCCGACUUGCUUGCUUCACUCUAGAAAUAGAAACCCCCCCCACAAAAACCAAAGAUUGAAAUCACCCCGUCUAGGCGGAAGAUGUCUGACAGUACUCUUCAGUUCACAAACCAUGCUUGUCUUUCGAGCGAGUACCCGUUCAUGAGAUCUUCAGGCCUCCACUCUCCCCCGUCCCAUACCAAAGGGCAUCAUGUCCACCUUGGCCCGUCGACGAUUGACUAUCACCAACCUCAGGAUUACCACCAGCACCAACAGCACCACCAGCAGCAUGCGUCCCUCGGCCUUCAACAGCCCCUUGAAUCCCAUUCCCUCCGGCUGGAGACCUUUGAAAAUGGCCUUCAGCUUCCUAGUACUCAUGGUCUUGGCUUGUUGCCCAUGCCUGUCGCCUACGAAAGUGUGUGUCUUCGCCGGCCUCUGCCCAUACUCCUCGAUUCAAACCAGCUUGUAUGACAGACGCUGCCUGAUUUCCAAUAUGCACUUCCGGCCAUUGAGCCCUCCGAUCGCGCAGUACCUCACAAUGGUCCCAGAUCCAGUGACUUACAGGCCAGUAACCCCGACUCAGUAUACCAAACAUAUCCCCACACUGGCUGUGGCACCUACGGGCAGAAUUAUCAGCUCUCGUUCCCUAGCAGCUGGAGCAUGUCCCCAGCAAGCCGAGACCAACUCCCGUCACCUCACUUGACUCAAGAUCUGAGUUUGAACAACUUCUUGCACGACGCACUGCCCAAUCAACAGUCCAAUCCAUCCGCGUCGAUUCGACCUCCGCCAUCAAAUGCCCCGAUCGAGUCCAACUCUCGUACCCCGAAUCAAAUAUAUAGCUCUAAUCAGUACUUCCACGAGCCUUCUUGCGUAUCAGCUCACAACCUGAUCAAUUAUCCCCCACCCAACCCUCCAACACCUCCCCCACUUUUUGACGCUUCGGAGCAAGAUCUACUUUCGUCGUUCCUCAAUAUUCUGGGAGACUCGAAUGGGGAAUGCGAUUUUGACCCGCAAGGUAUGCCGGAGGGCAUGCCAGUCCUGGGUGAGCUGAAGCGCAGACUGGAGGAGUGUGGCCAGGAUGGCCCGGUUCCAUACUUUGGGAAGCGGGAGACGGAUGAGAUGGGACGGGAGGUGGAGAGUCGACUGAAGAUUUCGGAGCCGGAGUAUUCUCAUAUGAGACGGCCGUCGCUGCAGUCCUUCCAGACCACCUCAGGCUCGCUCUCGAGCUCGUCGGACUCGCACAUCUACCAGGAGCAGGGCGCGCUGAGUCGAAAGAAGGCCAAGACCUCCAACACUCCCACCCUUCUUGACCCGCUCCGCCCCGUCCAUAUCCCCGAAGUGCCCCAUCACCACGGCGUCGAGCUCGAGCCGGAUGUGGAGAUGCACCACGCCUGGAACCGCAACCCCUGCGGGAACUCCGGCGAAUGGCCCAGCCAGCUCCUCCUCGGCCACGACCCGCAUGCUCGUCAACCCAGCUACCCGCAUCACGGCCAAACGAUCGACCCGAUCCCCACCCAAGCCCCGUCAGUGUCUCCCGUCUUUCCACCCGAUGCCAACGGCCCUCUUGAUGGUCACCCGGUCGAGACUAAGGAUCGGGAGGACCAGCAGGGUUCACGACGGGUCUCCAAGCGCAACGGCAAGCCAGGAAAGAGCACCCACAUGGUCUCCGAGCAAAGACGCCGGAACGCAAUCCAAGGAGGCUUUGGAAGUCUGGUCGAAAUCUUACGAGCUGGGGAGGCCCAGUCGGGGAUCUCGAUCGCCACCCCGGACCUUCCCUCUCACCCUCCCGGAUCGGCUGGUAGUACCACCACUGCUUCUAAUACUACCAGCACCAAUCAUAAUAAGAAACCUAAAACUCGCGGACGAGGCAGGCGAGGCGAAAUCGAAACCGGCGCCAGUAAAUCCGUCGUCCUCGAACGCGCCGCUGAGUUCGUCAAGUGGAUGGCCGACGGCAAUCUCGCUCUCUUCAACGAAAUCAAUCGUGUCCAAUCUAUCCUCCAAAAUCAUGGGAUUCAGGUCUAGUAAUCAUCGCUUUCAACUAAAAUUCAGUGUGAUUGGUCCUUCAUACUGUCACUCGUGCUCGUGCUCGGCCUCUUCUUCGUUCCGCUUUCUCUCCUGAUCUCUCUCUUUUUUAGCAUCAUCGUGCAUGUUCGUUUUACCUCCUCCUCUCCAUCUUUUUAUCUCUGUCUAUUUGUCUUCUCUCUCUCUCUCUCGAAACUGAUUUUUUUCUAGUCGAGCAUAGUAUGUAGUGAUCCUGUCCCCCUCAAAAAAAAUCGUUUUUGAUUCUUUGUUAGCAUGGCUUCUGUUCAUUCGUAUAUCAUCUCCCUAUAAUCAGUUACUUAUUUGUUUGUUUUGUUUGUGUGAGCUUUUUUUUUUUUUUUGGUAUUGCCAGCAUCAUUCUUAUAGUGUGGUCCUUUUCUACUCAUGAUCUCUUCAUCGUCGUCGCUAUAGUAUCGUCCUCUUCUUCAUUAUUUAUUAGCUUCAUGUGGUCCUCGAGUUGGCUUCUCCGUUGUCUUCGUUUUCACGUAUUGUUCAUCAUCAUCAUCAUCAUUUAUCGUCAUCAUAUUUAUCAGCUUUGUCAUCUUUGUCAUCUUUGUCAUCUAUCAUCAUCAUCAUUAUCAUUAUCAUUUUAAAUCAACUUCUCAUAUCACUUUUUUUCCCAAUCCUAAAACAAUUUAAGCUCUUUCAGUAAUCUCAUCGCAGGCUGAUCUUUGGGUUGUUUGUCUGUUCCUUAUGUGCGUGCUUUUGUGUGCCUAGAUAUCUCUACCUACACUCACAGAAUAAAUAACUAUCCAA